GUACUCACUCAUUUGCAUACCUCAUUACAAAUUGGCCAAAAUCGAAUCGACUCGACCAGCCGGCUCUUAGUUUCUCCAACGUUUUUAGCGCGAACGCUUCAUGAAACUGGCAAAGAAAUUGUAAAUCAGUAGGAACUGCAGGUGGACUCAGUUAAUGGAAAAAUGCAUCCGCCAUGUGUCAUUGGGUUUCUGCUUCUAGUAGGUUUAAGCCAAGCAGCCCUUGGGAGGGGAUUUCCAAACCUAAAACCCAUUCAAAUUCACGAUGGGAGCAGCACAGAGAGUUCCACUAAUCCCACACCCUCCCCCACAACAACACCCUCAAGUAGGGACAUCACCAUCGGACCCUGCACAUGGGCCAUAGGUCGAAGUUGUCCCGAUCCGGACGUCAAGUACUACAUCUACACACGCCACAACCCCAUGGAUAGGCAGUGCCUUCACAUAGACGACUCCCUGGAGAAGUCCAAUCUGACCGACUCGUACUUCAAUCCCCGCUAUCCCACGAAGAUCAUCAUCCAUGGCUACAACUCGGACAUGUUCCUGCAUCCUCUGCAGCAAAUGAGAGAGGAAUACCUGGCCAAGGCGGACUAUAACAUCAUCUAUGUGGACUGGAGUAUCCUGUCGCCGGGACCCUGCUACAUAAGUGCCGUGCACAACACCAAACAUGCUGGCACCUGCACUGCCCAGUUGGUGGAGCGAUUGGUGGAGACGGGUAACAGGGAUAUCCAUGUGAUAGGCUUCUCACUGGGCGCCCAGGUGCCCAACUAUAUAGCGCGGAAUCUGAGCUCUUUUACGUUGCCAAGGAUUACGGGCCUGGAUCCGGCUAUGCCCCUAUUUAUCACCUCUGGCAAUGCGGACAAGCUGGACCCCAGCGAUGCCAGCUAUGUGGAUGUGAUACACACCAAUGCUCUGGUGCAGGGGAAAAUGGAGAGAUGUGGUCACGCGGAUUUCUACAUGAACGGGGGAAUCAUGCAACCCGGUUGUAAUGGACAGAAAAUAAAUUCCUUUGCCUGCAGUCAUCAGCGGGCUCCCGCCUACUUCCUGGAGUCCAUUCGCUCGCCCAAGGGCUUUUGGGGAUGGGCCUGCAGUGGGUACAUAUCCUACCUGCUGGGCAUGUGUCCACCCACGAACUUCCUCCUAGAGGCUGGCGACAACACAAGACCGACUACGCGAGGAAUGUUCAUGAUAGACACCAACGACACCUCACCUUUCGCUCUGGGCAAGUGGACGGACCUGCCCACCCUGGGAGCCAAGCAACCACAUUGGAGAGCCCCGCCGCAGAAGCUGAAUGCGCCGCCCAAUCAGGGCGUGGAUCCCCUGCUGCAUCACAUCGAUCAGUUUGGCAAACUGGCAGCCAACUUUAAUAACCUGCAGAUGUCCCCCGGUGGAGAGGAUCCCUACGAGCACUGGACGAGCUUCAGUCCGGAGCAGAAGGAGAACGACGAGGAUAGUGACUCGGUGGAGGAGCAGGACACGGUGGAGUUUACCGAUCCAGAUGAUCGUCAGCUCAGUACUCAGGCCCCCAUACUUAGCUGGUGGGAUUACAGAAGGAAUCUCACCUACGGAUUCAUGGAGAACAACAUAUUUGCUGUGCCAACAGUGGAUUAGCCCCCAAUUGGUGCUUCAGGCUUUUGAAAUCCCUUCCUUGCCCCCAUUCCUUAAUAUUGUUUAAGAGCCACCUUAGCUGAUAUUCAUAUUUGCAAAUACAAAGUGUAAAAACCAAAUAUUUAAACUAUAAUAAUUACAGCAAUAA